AUGGACACAACACUUCUUCCACCAGGCUGGAUUUCAGAGUAUGAUGUGGCAAGUGGAAAAUAUUUCUUUGUAGACACAACAAAACAACCACCAUACACUACGUGGGAUGAUCCAAGAAACAAUUAUUAUCCAUCACCAAAUCAAUCAGCAGAAAAACCAUACCCAGCGUUCCCUGAUCCCUCAUCAUAUGUUGCAACCCCAUCACAGACGACAGUAAUGCCAGGUCAAUCUUUUCCUGAUACUCGAGGAGGGUAUCCACCAACUUCUAUUCCACAACCAGGAUAUCCGCCUCAAGGACAAUUUGGUUAUCCACCUCCAUCUUCGUCUCAACAACCGACGGGAUAUCCAGGAAUGCUUGGCAAAAUAGUGAAAAUGGGAGCUGGAGGUGCGCUUGGUGCUGCGGCUAUAAGCGCAUUGACAGGUGGCGGUCACAAACCACAUAAACCAAAUAAGCAUAAACCUGGGUUAGGGAAUUUUGCCGCUGGAGGAUUAGGUGGAGCUGCGGCUGGACUAUUAAUUGGCUCUGCUCUCAAGCAUAAAAAACAUAAAAAACACAAAAAACAUGGAUUCGGCGGUUUUGGAAGUGGAUCAAGCUCAAGCUCUUCCAGUUCCGAUUCCGAUUAA